AUGGCUUUCGAGAAAACUAAAGAAGCAUUCAUAGCUCCUCCUGUUUUAGCUCAUUUUGAUGCAUCUUUACCUACUAUGCUUCAAACUGAUGCAUCUAAGUUGCAUGGUAUGGGGUUUGUUUUGCUGCAACAACAUGGAGAGGCUUGGAAGCUCAUCCAGUGUGGAUCCAGGUUUUUAACAAAUGCGGAAACUAGGUAUGCCAUAAUUGAGGUUGAGAUGGCUGCUGUACUUUGGGCAGCGAGGAAAUGCAGUGUUUACUUGGCUGGUUUGACUUAUUUUGACCUGGUAGUAGACCAUCGACCACUUGUUUCUAUUCUAGAAAAUCCUCGACUGCAGCGUAUGAGAAUGAAACUCUGCAGAUUUACUUUUGCUGCACGGUGGCAAAGUGGGAAAUGUCACAGCAUGCCGGAUGCACUCUCUCGUUCACCAGUUCAGAGCCUUGUUGAGGACAAUGAUGUGCUGGAUGAUGCAGAUCUAUUGCAUGCUGCUGUUGUAUUGUCUUUAUUAGCUACUUGUGAGGAGGGCAUAAGGUUAGCACCUCUAUGGGACCAGACGCUGGAUAAGAUUCGUGAUGCUUCUGCACAUGAUGGUGAAUAUCUGUCAUUAAGAGAUGUAAUAAUGAAAGGAUUUCCAGAUCAUAAGCAUAGCUUACCAGAAGAGUUGCGAGCAUACUGGGGAAUUCGGGACAUGCUGGCCCGAAUUCCCCAGUAUGCCGUGGAUGAUGGUUUGAUAGUUUAUGGACCUAGACUUCUCAUACCUCGCAGCCUGCGUAGCGAAACUUUGCAGUGUCUACAUGAUGCUCACCAAGGAGUGGACCGCACCAAGCGUCGAGCACGCCAGACUAUAUACUGGCCAGGGAUUGACAGGGACGUUGAGAAUACAGUGAAGUCUUGUUCUCGUUGCCGAGAGCUGAUACCAGGUCAGCAGAAUGAGCCUUUGAUGCAGGAAGACUUGCCAAGUCGAGUAUUUGAGUCCGUGUCUGCUGAUUAUUUUCAUAUCUCUGGCAAGACAUUUCUUGUGUACGUUGAUCGCCUAUCAGGUUGGCCAUAUGUAUCUUUGUGCAAUGGAUCAACUUCUGCAGCUCAACUAGUUAGUUUGUUGAGGCCAAUAUUUUCAGACACAGGUGUGCCUGUAGUACUGAAAACGGAUGGAGGACCGCAGUUCGCUUCAUCAACAUUGCCGCAUUUCCUUGCUCGAUGGGGGGUGGAAUACCACGUGACAUCGCCCUAUAAUCCAAAAGCAAAUGGUCAUGCCGAAGCUACCAUGAAGAUUAUCAAGAAGUUGAUUUUGACGACCACAGGAAAUGGCAAGCUGGAUGAGGAUGAGUUCGCAUGA